UCCGUGCGACCCUGGGAUUCGAAUUCAGAUGGUGCUGAGAUUCCAGAUUUCUUCUUCUUUGCGCUUCAGGUGGACAUUCACAUCAUGACCCAGCCUCCCUCAGGGGAAUGGGUUUAUUUUGACACGGAGAUCGCCAACAGCAGUGGGCGCGUUUCCUACAUGAUUCCCGAGCAGAGACGGCUGGGGAUCGGGGUGUAUCCUGUCAAAAUGGUGGUGAGGGGGGAUCACACAUACGCAGAUAGCUACAUCACCGUUUUACCGCGGGGGACCGAAUUCGUGGUCUUCAGCAUUGACGGUUCCUUCGCAGCCAGCGUCUCCAUUAUGGGCAGCGACCCCAAAGUCAGAGCUGGAGCAGUUGAUGUCGUACGGCACUGGCAAGAGCUUGGCUACCUCAAUAUCUACGUCACGGGCCGGCCCGACAUGCAGAAGCAGAGAGUGGUCGCCUGGUUGGAGAGAUUGCUGUUCCCCCACGGGAUUGUCUCCUUCUGCGAUGGGCUGGUUCAUGAUCCCUUGAGGCACAAAGCCAACUUCCUGAAGUCUCUAGUCACAGACGUAAGCAGAAUUCGCAGCGGGUUCAAGCAGACGCAGUCAGGCUGGGCCAGGUCCCCUUCAAAGCGCCUUUGAGAAUCUGGGACCUUCUGAUCAGAAAUUAUAUUGCAGGAAAGUUAACAAGUCCUUAUGAGAGAAAAAAAAUAAAUAAAUCCAGAGAUUGCUGAGUAUCAAACAUGAGUCCUGUUUAUAAAGAUUC